AUGGAGUUAAACGGUGGAAUUAUUGAUGACCUGCUAGAGCAGAUCAACCAAAAGUUGAAUUUCUCAGCGAUUGCAGCUGAUUUGGAACGUAUGAAUGUCGCCCGCGAAAAGUUGAACUAUUUACAGCAGCAAUAUGUGAUGCAACAAAUUUUCACUGGGAAAGGUAGACCAUCAACCGCCAAUUGUUCAUUUCUCAGCUUAAACAAGAAAUUGCAAUCAUUACAAGAUGAAACAAGUGAGGCGUCAUCGACACUUGACGAGAACGAGGAUCUUGAAGAAAUUGAGGAAGAAAUGUGCAACGAAUUGCAAGAUGAUGCUUGGUUAGGUUUUUUCAAAGGAUUCAAAAUACUCUGCGAGGACGAUGAAUUACGCAUUUUCGAGAAUAAACAAUGCAUUGAAAUUUCGGAUUUCGAUGCUAACGCUUUGGAGAGCUUACUACGCGGCGGUGUGCGUUGUUUUAUGUUUGAUCUAUUCAAGGGCACGGGAUUCGAAAAUCAGAAAAAUAUAUUAAAAUUACGCGAAAGCGAAUUGAAUAUAUCGCGGGAAUCUGGUUUUCCGGUAAUGGCAACGCUAUUUGGUUUAUUGAGUCCACGCAUGCAAUUUACCGGUAUGCUUGAGCCUCCAGACGCUGUUAUUCCGUUAGAGAAAGGUCACGCUUUAGUAUUAACUUAUAAACGGGAGUUUUCGAUACACAGCACGGCUACUAAGAUCUUCGUAAAUGCCCGAUUUUUAAUGGACGAUUGCAAAGUAAAUGACUUUAUACUUAUCGGUCCGACAAUGCAAAUAAAAAUAGAUACGAUAGUAAAGUCUGAAUUAUAUUGCACGGUCAUGGAACCGGGUGUGUUACGUUCCAGAUUACCAGUCCGAUUCCCGGGUAGAUGUAACCGCGUUAAUGUCUCACUUGAAGAACUCGAAGAUAUAACUUUCUCCCGGGAGGUCGGUGUACAAGUUUUGAUUUCAUAUGCCCCGGGAAAUCGUCAAUAUUUCGACGAUCUAAAUAAAACUCUCGGUUUAUUGAACUGUGAAAAUGUGCGCUUGGGUACACGAAUCGUAAUUAAUGAUAUUAAAGAAGAAGACGAUGACGAUUUAGAUUGGAUCGCCGAGAGCUAUGACGUGUUUCUCUUUGAAUUAACUAUGACGCAACAGUUUGAUGAAUGUAAAGAUCGUGAAGUACCUGAGGUAUCUGCCGAUAUUUUGCAAUUAUCGCCUGGUGUUGUAAAUUUCAUUAAAAAGAUUUAUGCAAUGAAGAAGCCGACUAUUUUGAAUGCAAGCCUUGUUGCCGAACGUCGCUUAUUUGUUCAUCCAUCUUGUUUAAAUGAAAUAUUUUUCUAUCCGGACCGCUAUGUAUUCCGUACUGGACAUAUGGAGAACUCAUUCUAUUUUCUAUUCUUGCAAAAUGCUUAUUUCAAACAAUUGACAAAUACUUACUGGGUAAACCAACCGUUCUGUGACGAUUCUAACACAGGCAGCGACACUCUCGCUCGUUCCUGUGUUUUAUCCGGCGAAGAACACGACGCCGUGGCUUAUGUUGUGUAUUCAGUAAUACCCGAUAUGUCAAUUAAGCUUUCGCACUUUCGCCCAUCUGCUCCGAUCCUAUAUGUAACUGCCAUAAAAUCAUCAAGCGACUAUAUAUCGAUGUAUCAUAAAAUUGUUUUACUCUACUAUUGUACACGAGAUACUGAAAUUUCUCAUUCCGAGUACGUUUAUCGGAGUCUUCUGUACGGCUUAGCAUAUCUGAAAGCUAAACGUAUCGUAUCGAAGGAUAAGAAUGUUAUGCUAGUCUAUUGUACCGAAGAGGGCACAAAAUUCCCAGAUAGGUACACAAAUUUUAAAUUUCCUGCCACAAAUUUUGCUCAACUCUUAACAACCGCAUUAGAUUUUUGA